AUGGCAGCCAACGGAUCAACCACCGCACCCACCGCAAACGGACACUCGAACGGCGCACCUCGCCCGACCUUCGCCGUCAAGGCUGGACUCGCCCAGAUGCUCAAGGGCGGCGUCAUCAUGGACGUCGUCAACGUCGAGCAAGCCAAGAUCGCCGAAGCAGCCGGUGCAUGCGCAGUCAUGGCCCUCCAGCGCAUCCCGUCCGAUAUCCGCAAAGACGGCGGAGUCGCGCGCAUGAGCGACCCGAAGAUGAUCAAGGAGAUUAUGGAGGCUGUCUCGAUCCCCGUCAUGGCCAAGUCGCGCAUCGGUCACAUCGUCGAGGCUGAGAUCCUCCAGGCUAUCGGGGUCGACUACAUCGACGAGUCCGAGGUCCUCACCCCCGCCGACCCUUCUCUGCACCUCGACAAGCACGCUUUCGACGUUCCCUUUGUCUGCGGCUGCAAGGACCUUGGCGAGGCGUUGAGGAGGAUCAGCGAAGGCGCUGCGAUGAUCCGCACGAAGGGCGAAGCCGGCACAGGCAACGUGAUCGAAGCCGUCCGGCACGCGCGCAAAGUCUCCUCCCAAAUCGCCCUCGCCUCGACCCUCUCCGAAAUCGAGCUGUACAACAUGGCAAAAGAGAUCAGCGCGCCGGUCGACCUCCUCCGCGAAACGGCCAAGUUGGGUCGCUUGCCCGUGGUCAUGUUUUCCGCCGGAGGGAUCGCGACGCCCGCGGAUGCGGCGCUGAUGAUGAAGUUGGGAAUGGACGGGGUAUUCGUCGGCUCAGGAAUCUUCAAAUCCUCCAACCCCGCCGCCCUCGCACGCGCCAUCGUACUCGCCACGACGCAUUACAACGACCCUUUCAAACUGGCGGAGGUGUCGGAGGGACUGGGAGAGGGGAUGAAGGGCGAGGGGAAGUUGGGGAGGGAAGCGGGGAGGGAGAUGACGGCUGAUAGGGGAUAUUAA